GGAAAUAACAAAACGUUUUUAUGUUCAUAGCUGAAUGGAAAUGAAUAAGAUAACAAAAUAAAAAGUAAAUUUCAAUGUAUUGAGAAUAUGGCGUCCAUCGGAAAAAAAUUCAUUCAGUCGUGCAGUAACCACCGUGAUUAAUCGUUAAUCUAAAAAUUAAUGAUAAGAUAUCUUUUGCACUUUUAAAGGACAUGGCGUGAGAUAAGAUUCAAUUUGCGGAAUGCAGUGUGCUGAGAUGGACAAAUCGCGGAUGAUGAUUUGAGUGUAGUGUUAGCAUCUGUGUUCUUUUGGGCAAACAAAAAUGGGGUGUUCCAAUAGUAAAGGACGUCCAAAACCUGGGACGCAGCAAAGGCGCCCGACUACAAUCGACAUGUCGACGCAAGAAGAGACUGUGGAAAUUUCCCAACGAAAAUUCGACGAAAAAAGUAUCGAACAACUUAGAAAGGAUUUUAAUGAAAAUUUUGAUAUGUUCUUACUCAAUAACAUUCUUAUGUCGAUUAUGUUCUACGAAAAUUUUGAAGAUGAAAUAUUAAAAGCAAAAACGUUGCUUACGAAACCAGAACAAGAUCUUAACGAUAAACUAAUCCGGGAACAUUCAAAACAAUGCGUUAUGCCAGAUACCCUUUACGACAAAGUAAACCAACGGGUUCAUUUUAAAAGAAAACAUGGUCCAAAAAAAGAUGUUGCUGAGCCGUUAGUUCCUAUGAGGAUGUUUAUUAUUCAUGAUAAGAUCGAAAUUUUGAAAGAAAGUGAAGAUUUAGAUCAUUACAGCGGAAUAGAUAAGCCAACUCAUAGAGUGAACGUGGAAAAUUCAACGCACGCAGGUUUUGUGAAGCUAAAAUUGCUCUACUUUCCAACCUUGGAACGGUGCGAAUCUUAUACAUCGUUAAAUUCGGGUUCAUCGACUUACGCUCACGGUCAAGCGGCAUUAAAAAACGGCUACGAUAAAUCACAAGCAAGCACUUCAUCUUAUAGUGACUCUGACGAGUACGAUUACAGUAGAGUCAAUCAAGCAAGAACCGAAUUACCGAUAAAUAUUACAGAAAAAAGAAGUAGUUCCGUCGGUUUACCACCUGGUACAAUAAUCGAAGUCAAAAGUAAAAAUUUAGAUAGAGAAAAUGACGAGGAUGAUAUGUUUCGGGUUGAUCGUUAUAUUAACUCAGAAGCCUUUAUGAAGUAUUUUAGGGAAACCGAUUUUCCUGCGAAUUUAGGAAAAUCGUUAGGAUUUUCAUCCGAAGAAAUUAGGAAAGCGACUUACACUGCCACUUCCAUUUAUUGUUGUAUGUACGACAUUUCCAAAGAAGUUGACGCUAAAUGUGAAAUAUUACCCGCGGUAAAAAAUCCUUUCCCCGAUUUAAAAGUAUUCCAUAAAAGGGAUAGACCCAGAAUUAAACACAAAGAUGAUAAUCUAAUUUACGUAUUUCCUACUCAAAACAUGCUCAAAGACAUUUGCAGUCAACCCUCGAUAGUUGUUCCAAGAGGAUUUCUUCAAAAGAAAGGGGAUAAUAAAGAUUACAAAUUCGAGUGGGAAACUAUCUUUCCCAGAGCUGAGAGGCACAUACAAGUACGAAUGUUUCACGGUCAAGUACGAUGUUUCUUAUUUUUGAUUAUCUUGCAUAAAAUGUUUAUUGAACCUAUUACCCAACAUAAAGGUUUAACCGUGGAUCAUAUUAGAAAUUUAAUGUAUUGGGAGUGCGAGAAAAACUACAGAAACUGGCCUGAACAUCGUUUAGGCAACAAAAUGAUGUACGUUUUGGACGGUCUUCGCAAGUACUUAAGCAAAUUAGAAAUGCCCGAUUAUUUUAUUGAGAAAAAGAAUAUGUUUUGCAACAUUCCCGGCGCACAUUUAUACAAAGCUCAAGAACAAAUACACAGAAUCAUAGAAAAUCCUGUUUUAUACGCCAUAGCGGCUUUAAGAAACGUGUAUUACACAAAUGAUGCAUUUUACCCAUUAUUGGACUUUGAUCAAUUAUAUAAGUUGAUAACAAAGAAAGGAGAAGCCGAGAGAGCAGCUGCUCCAAGCGCCAUGAGAACAAUUUCCCAGUUCACUCCAACUGGGAGAUUUGACCCAAGUCGCCUCACAAGGGAACAAAGAUGGGAAUUAGAUAACAUGGAAAAACAACGUGAGAAGAAAAGGAAAGAAUUGGAAAAGGUAAAGAAUCUCAAAGCAACCGAGAAGAGAGAAUCCGUUGAUUCAAUAGAUCUUAAAUUUUCUAUGAAUUCAUAUUCCGUAAAAGAGAGCUUUCUCCAACAAAAAACCUUUUUGGUCUUUUUCAUGGAACAUUUCCUUCAAAUAGUAAAAUAUAGCCAAAAGUACAAAGCUUGGAAUCAAUACUCAAUCUAUUUGGAUCAAGUGAAAUAUUUAAACGCACUCUUAGACGACAUCGACGGUGGGGAAAGUCAAAAGUUUAGCGAAAAAAUUCGAGAGGCCGACGAAAUUGCCACCGAACAAAGAGAGUACACUCCGCCUACUCCUAUAAUUCCCGCCAGGAAUUCGAUGCAUGGUGGACACACCGGGGUGUUACUUAAAAACCAAAUGAAACCGAAAACGAUUGAUCUAACAAAUGUUACCAAAAAUUUUCAAAUGGGGAUCCAAAAAACGAUAUUAGAAAAUGAACCUUCGGCGUCGUCACCAACGAGAAGAAAAGAAGUGCGUUUGAUGGAAACAGCCGAAGUACAUUAAUCAUCUCGAUAAUUUAUGAAAAAAUGUAAUUAGAAAAAAUUUAGGCGUUAAUAAAAAAAUAAAUGUGUUUGCCACUAAACCAGUAUUAAGUGAGUAGAGAAAGAUUGUAGAUUAUCUUCUAUAUUUUUUAAAUUUGUAUAUAAUGUAAAUAAAGAUAUUUAUUAUU